AUGAAAUAUCUUCCGCUUCUUCUUCUUCUGCUCCUCAUCCUUCAGAACCACAAGGUCCAUUUGGACAGGAUUGAGACGAACCAGGAUUGUGCUUGGAGUUGUUCUGAGGGUCUACAGUGUAAACCCAAAGCUUACUCUCCACUGUCAGCAUUUCACUGCAGGAAUAAGCCUGUUAGCAGCGGCGUGUUCAAUAAUGUGAUGUUGUCUACUGUGUUGGCGUGUGAAGGGAGAAAAUGUUCACUCCAGCUUAAAAUCGCAACAUCAGUGAAUGCUACUGGUGAUAUUCGUGGAGUUUCAGUGUGUGCCGACUCUGCAGGGAUGAUAGGACAUUGCCAGAUUUACACCUUUGGCCAUGUUGGCAAAGGAAAAGCCACAGGAAAACAGGUUGAUGUGAAGUUUAAAUGUGUUCCUGUUAGACCUGGACAGCUUGUGUUUGUGACUCUCAAAACCAUUCCCAACUACUGUAAGGCCACGUGGACACAAAGACACCUGGUUCCUGAAUGCAGUCAUGAAGGUAUCAGAGAUGAAAUUGCAGAGUGCAUCACUGGGAAGCUGGCGUACACUGUAGAUAAAGCCAGGAAUGCAUUAACAGUGAAAGUGACUGAUGCUCCAGAGGACACAGACUACAACCUCAGGCUCUGCCAUAAACGUAAUGUCAUCUGUGCCGGGGAAGGGGCUCAUAUGAAGAUAAAACCACAACAUCUACAGAGUAGCAUAAUGCUUCAUUAUUCCAAACCAUUACCCUGUUUGUGCAUUGAGGGUUGGCCUGCUAGAGUAGAUGCAAGGAGAGUUCAAGUGUGUCCAUUCAAAAACAAUUUAGAAGAACUGUGGUCGGGGAUAACCUAUGACUUCAAUAAGGAAGAGUUGAUAUGGGGGCCGCAGUGUCCAGUCAAAGUGUCAGUUUCUCUGUGCCAUGCUGAUGGAGGGAAAAGCUGUCAAGACAUUGGAAAUGUUUUCCAUUCAGAGGGACAAAAAGUGAUAUUCUCUUCCGUGGAUCCACACCCAAUGCUUUGCACGAAGUUUACCACUGAAGUGGGGACAUGGAUAAAGUGUCCUUUUGCCAAAGGAAAUUUCUCAGUCUGGACAGCAAAGAUUACAUCAAAAGAUGGUCAGCAGUGGGCAGAGAUUUCAACAUGGGUCAAAGCCAGCUUCUCCGUUUCUGUCUGUGAGAUGAAACCCUCCUCUCAGUGUAAACGAAUCGAGGGAAACAAGUUCCAAAAUCUUUCUGUGGACAAAAUGAAGCACGCAGUUUUCAACUUGUCUAAAAGUUUGUGUGAAGUGUGCGUCUGCAUCCAGGUCCAGAGGGUAGAUGUGCGCUUUUCAGUCCCUGUACUUCAAUGCGACUUGCAGUGUUCAAAUUGGUGCCGUGACCCAGAGAGAAGUCAGGACAUUGAGAAGAUUUUAUUGCCUGCUGUCAUAUUUCUGACCGUGAUCCUGGCAGCUGUCUUGUUUGGUAGAAUGACAAUAAAAGAUGGGGACAAAAAGAGAACACCAUGGACGAAACUCACAUGUCUGAGGAUGAAUCAGUGACACAUGCCUUCUCAGCAAGAGGAUGUAGAUUGUAGGACAGUUCUCAAUAAAGCAUGCAUGUCUAAUCUUUUUUUUUUUUUACUGUAAGACUGAAGCUUAACAUAAUGCUUGUUUAUGUCUUGCCUGAUGUACACAUGACAAGUUGUAACAUUUGAAAAAUGUAUCUAAAUACAUUGUUUUUUAUGCAUAAUGCAACAGCUGCUUUACGAGUUUAUAACACGCAAUGUAUUAACAUGCCCACAGAAUUUGAAGCAUUUGAAUAUAAAACUUUUGUAUGUAAGUCAAUAUAAGACUGAAU